CACACGCAUGCGCAGUAGCGCAGUGCGCGACGGGGGGAGUGGCAUGUUGUGAUAAGCAUGAAAAAAUGACAAGAUAACUGCGAUCGAGGACAAGCAGCCUUCCCUCGUAUACAUUACAGCACAUAAGAAUCAUUUUUAACCCCCGGCCAGCUGGCCGCUCACCCUCUGUGACCUCUGCUUUGGCUUGUUAAGGCACUAUGGGUAACACAAGCAGUGAGAGGGCAGGCAUGGGCCAUGAAAAAGCCCACAGGAGGGAUAGUCGAGGAACCAAGGAAGGAGAUCGUCCCAAAAUCCUGAUGGACAGCCCUGAAGAUGCCGAUAUAUUUCACGGGGAGGACAUAAAAGCACCAAUAGUAAAAGAAGAGUUUCUUGCCUGGACACCAGACUUGGAGACCGGUGACAAGGGCUCGGACCUGGACCGGCCCACUGUGUUUCGAUGGACGGGAGCUGGAAAGGAAGUGUUUAUUUCGGGCUCCUUUAACAAUUGGACCAGCAAGAUUCCUUUGAUAAGAAGUCAAAACAACUUUGUGGCCAUUGUGGAGUUGCCUGAGGGUGAGCACCAGUAUAAGUUCUUUGUGGAUGGGCAGUGGACACAUGACCCAGCGGAGCCUGUGGUGACCAACCAGCUUGGCACGGUUAACAACAUCAUCCAGGUGAAGACGACAGACUUUGAGGUGUUUGAUGCUCUGAUGGUGGAUUCACAGAAAUGUUCGGACAUAUCAGACCUUUCCAGCUCUCCUCCUGGACCAUAUCACCAGGACGCUUACGUACCCAAACAGGAAGAGAAAUUCAAAUCUCUUCCAAUUCUACCGCCUCAUCUCCUACAGGUCAUUCUCAACAAGGACACAGGCAUCUCGUGUGAUCCAGCUUUACUUCCCGAGCCCAACCAUGUCAUGCUUAAUCACCUGUAUGCUCUGUCCAUUAAGGAUGGCGUAAUGGUUCUGAGUGCAACCCAUCGUUAUAAGAAGAAAUAUGUCACAACUCUGCUGUACAAGCCAAUCUGAUCUCCGUCUGCUUGUCCGAGAAAACCGACCAAUUUUAAAUGCUACGAGGAUUUGAACUUUGUUUAGUUUAGUUUAGUUUUGCUCUGUCUAUAUAUUGUGUAUUAUUGUAAAUAGAGAUGUACAGAGAUGCACUUUAGAAAUCAGUAUAUUUCUGAAUAUAAGCUAACCAGAAACACACAAAUGGCUUUGGAGAUAAAAUAUAUAUCAGUCAGUUAAUCUUUUAGAUGUUGGGACGCUUUUUGUAAAUGGUGCUUAUUUUAGAGGCCAAAAGAACAUGUACUGAACUUUUUUUGACUGAAAAGGGACUAAUCGCCCAAAAAUGAAAUAUCAGUCAUGGUUUACUCACCUUCAGAUUGUUCCCAACCUGUUUAAAUCUCUUUGUUCUGCGGAACACAAAGGAAAAUAUUUGAAGAAUUCUUUAGAAUAUCUUUUCUUUGUGUUCAGCAGAACAAAGAGAUUUAUACAGGUUUGAAACAAUCUGAGGAUGAGUAAACGAUGACAGAAUUUUCAUUUUUGGGUGAACUGUCCCUUUAAGCGGAUCACAAAGCAGAAUAAAUUUAGAUGUUCUUGAAUUAAUGUAAAAUUAUGUAGAAAAGCCUAACUUGUAUAUUGUUUCUUUUAGUGUUUCUUUUGACAUUCUUAUGUAGAUAAAUAUUAAUAUGAAUACAUAUAUGGAAGCACAUUGAGCUUUAAGGCAUCUUUUUUUUAGGACCAAAUAUAGAAACAUUACAGAAGAACUGCUGAGAAAACCUUUGUUUUUGACUUUGACGAUUCAAUUUUUUUUCCUGUCAGUGUUAGUUUAAAAAAAUAUGUAUUUUCCAUUUUUCUUUAUUUUGAUUUCUUUAUUACAUUUGAAGUCACACCACAAAUACGCUGAACAAUACCAAUCACAAAACCACAUCAUUCUGUCUUCUGUAAUCUGUGUUCUGUGAAAUAAAACAAU